AUGCUCUCCGUCGGCACGCUGCUGAUCGUCGAGUGCAAGACGGCGCAGACGACAAAGUCUGGUCCGGCGCCUAAGACACCAGUCGGGCCGAAACCCGCCUCGCGAAAGGGCGUCAAACCGCCGACAACCCCGCGCAAAGCCGUCCAGCCGUCCGUCGGCGGAAAGACGGACAAACAGGCGCACGGCGAGCAAACGGAGCGCGUGUCGAUCCACGCUGCGCCCAGCAGCGAGCAGCUUACAUGCAGCCACGAGGGCGUGGGCAAGACGCAGAUGUCGAUUGAAGGCGGUCCACCGGCCGCGACGCCCCGGAAGCAGCGCAGCAACACCCAAGGCACCGGCCGCGGCCCACCACAACGCCGCGCACCCUCCAACACACAGAAUAAUAAGAAAGCCCCCCAGAAGCAGAACACAUUCGACGGCACGCAGGAGCCCGACCAGGAGCACAAGGACAAGGAGAAGGAGAAGGAGCGAGAGAAGGAGAAGGAACGAGAGAAGGAGAAGGAAAAGGAGAAGGAAAAGGAGAAAGAAAAAGAAAAAGAAAAAGAAAAGGAGAAGGAGAAGGAAAAGGAAAAGGAGAAAGAAAAAGAAAAGGAAAAGGAAAAGGAAAAGGAGAAAGAAAAAGAAAAAGAAAAGGAAGACAAGAAAGAAGAAACCGAAAAGGACAACGAAAAAGAGCCGAAGGGCAAACGGCCCACCGAGGAGGAGGCCAAGAAAAAGGACAAGGAGGAAUUGGAGGUGAUGGUGACGCAGGACAAGGACGAGAGCCAAAAACCCCCGAAGACCCCGACGGAAGAAGAGAAAAAGGCCAAACCCGAGGAGCCGUCCGAUGAGAAGAAAGCGGUCGAGAAGGACGAGAAAAAGGAAGAAAAGAAGCGAAGCGAAAAAGAGGAGAAAGACGAGAAAAAGAAGGAGAAGAAGGCCAAGGAGACGAAAGAGACGAUGGAUGACGAA